GUGGUGCAAGGGAACAAAGGUGGGCGGGUGAUCGGAGGUGGGAGCGAGGCGCCUUUUGCAUGGAACGUCUUUCUCGAAGGGAAAAAAAAAAAAUAUUGAAGAGAAAGAGCGCAACCGAAAAGAAGUGAAUCCUUGGUGCCGGAGCAGGAGCAAAGCAAUGCGGUGCGGUGCGGUGCGGGAGCUGCAGUGCGGCGUCGGUGUCGAAGGUGCGUUUCGGAGGCUACGACCCUUCUUUAGUUCUUCGCUCGAGCUACACUUUUUCGGUGGCCGAGCAGCAGGAAGGGAUGCAAAGACGAUGCAGGACGCAGAUGCAGUGUGUGUGUGGGUGUUUCUUUUUGGCAGUGAGAGGACUGGUUUGCUGGUUCUGGGUAGCGACAGAGAGCGGAAGAUCCGAGUGUACAGCAGUAGCACCGGACAAGCAAUGACAGAGAAACGAGUGCAAUGCCUUUGGGGUUAUCUAGUACCGGCGCAGGGACGGGGAAAGAAAAAACGUCAAGCAGUUUCUCCCAAACGUCUAGCCUUAGUCUUGAUUUCCUCUUCUGCUUCUUCUUCUUCUUCUUCUUGUUCUUUCUUUUGCUUCGUUCUCGUCCGUCUUCUUCUUCUUCGUCUUCCUGAUACCAACGAUGCCCAACGGAGGGGGAAAAGCUGUAACAGAUGCAGAAAGAGCAAACAACGAGAAAGAUGAAAAAUUAGAGAAAAAAAAAGAGUCGUGAGUUGAGUUUUUGGGUUUGAUUUUGAUUUUGGUGGUUCUUCCUGGAUGUGUGGACUGGCCAACAGAAAGGGCGGCGUCGAGUUGAGUUUACGAUGGUGGUAGUCGACGACAGAAAACGGUUAUAUGCGAUACGAUGGGAGGA